ACUCCCCUCCCCCUCUGCUCCGCAGCCGCAUCGAAACACUCAGACAAACACACGGCCGGAGAGACAAGAAUCUAACGUGAAACACAGGAGAGACAAGGAUGAGAGACACGAAACCGCAGCCGAUACUGUCUCUAGCAUGAACCAUGACAGACUGGAUGGAGCGAGAGAUAGACAGCUAGAGGAGAGGGGUGGGGUGAGCGCAGACAGACAGAGAGAGAGAGAGAGACAGGAGGGAUAUGGCCCUCUUACACAUGUCUGCAGUCAACCUGCAAACCCUGGACUGAAGACCAUGCUGGAUAAAAGCGAAGUGUCCACUCUCAGUCUACCGCCCUCCGUGAGCCAUGGGGGGUCAGACGGGAACAUCAGCGUGGAGGCGGGGUCAGACGGGGCAGGCGGCGAGGUCCAGAGAACAAGAGUGGCGCUGGAACACCUCCAGCAGAAGAUCCUGAAGAUCACCGAACAGAUCCGUGUGGAACAGGAAGCCCGUGACGAUAAUGUGGCUGAGUAUCUUAAACUGGCCAAUAAUGCGGACAAACAGCAGGCGUCGCGCAUCAAACAUGUGUUUGAGAAGAAGAACCAGAAGUCUGCACAGACUAUUGCACACUUGUACAAGAAGCUUGAGCACUACCACAAGAAGCUCAAAGAGAUCGAGCAGAAUGGUCCUGCGCGGCAACCCAAAGACGUCUUCAGGGACAUGCAGCAGGGGCUGAAGGACGUACGUGCCAAUAUGCGAGCGGGAAUCAGUGGUUUCGGAGGUGGAGUAGUGGAAGGAGUCAAGGGUGGAGUCUCAGCGCUCACGCACACCGCCGUCGUCUCGAAACCCCGAGAGUUCGCUAGUCUCAUCCGCAACAAGUUCGGCAGCGCCGACAACAUCGCCCACAUGAAGGACUCUCUGGAGGAUGGGCACACGGAGGAGACGCCCAGAGCUCUGAGUGGCAGCGCCACGCUGGUCUCCAGCCCCAAAUACGGCAGCGAUGACGAGUGCUCCAGCGCUACUUCUGGGUCACCGGGUGGAAGCAACUCCGGCGGGGCGGGAGCGACAAUAGGCAGCCCGCGACUGGAUGGACAUCACCACCACCAUCAUCACCACCACCAGUCCUCGUCCUCCUCUUGGGAUGCCCUGCUGGAAGGCCUCCAGGAGAUCAAAGUCAGUCAGGUGCACAUGGAGGACGCCAUCGAGGACAUGAAAGCGCAGCUGCAGAGCGACUACAGCUACAUGACCCAGUGCCUGCAGGAGGAGCGAUACAGAUACGAGCGUCUGGAAGAGCAACUCAAUGACUUGACGGAGCUCCAUCAGAACGAGAUGAGCAAUCUGAAGCAGGAGCUGGCCAGCAUGGAGGAGAAGGUGGCGUACCAGUCGUACGAGAGUGCACGGGACAUCCAGGAAGCAGUGGAGUCGUGCCUCACCCGCAUCACCAAACUGGAGCUGCAGCAGCAACAGCAGCAGGUGGUGCAGCUGGAGGGAGUGGAGAACGCUAAUGCCCGAGCCCUGCUGGGGAAACUCAUCAACGUCAUCCUGGCCCUGAUGGCGGUACUGCUGGUGUUUGUCUCCACCAUAGCCAACUUUAUCACGCCCCUCAUGAAGACACGCACCCGGGUCGGCGCCACCCUCGCCCUCGCGCUCUUCCUGGUCACACUGUGGAAACACUGGGAUUGGCUGGAGCUCUGCCUGCUGCCCAGCUGAAGAACAUGAACAAAAUACAUGUUCAGAACUGUGACACAUCCUCCCAUCAUACCAGAAGUGGGAGAGAUCUUGGCCCUGUCCCAAAUCACACCCUAAACCCUCACGGCUCCCUUUGAGUCCACACUUUUGUGAUGUAAUGCCACUUUGACUGUUUGGUAGAAGUCUGCAGUGGAGCUCGUCCCAGUGCGAACUCAGCAAAAGUGUGCAUUGAAGGGAACAUAGGGGGCAUUGCACCCUUCUGAAAGCUAAAACGAUGAAUGGGACAUACUAGGGCUGCACAAUUAAUCGAAUUUUAAUCACGAUCACGAUUUUGGCUUCCCACGAUCAAAUUCGCGUGAUCGAGCGAUAUUUAAAAUGCGUCAUUCAUUCACACUUUGUAUUAAAGUUUUUUUUUUUUUAAAGCCAGUCUAGCGCGCUGUAAAGCCGCUGUCUGAUCACGUGCGUCCAUGCACCAAUCAGAGUUGUUCCCUGCACCGCGCAGCAGCUCAGUCAGUUUACAGAUGUAGACAGUCACAGACAGAAGACGGAGUAGCGUGAGGAAAAUAGCACAACAGAUAGGAGGCUAUAAUCUAUCUUAACAAAGAAAAAAUGUCUAACGUAGCAGAGGGAGCGGCCGAGGGGCUUGUCCCGAGAAUCGGAUCGUCAUCCAUUGUGUGGAAACAUUUUGGGUUUCAGGCAAGUGACACAAAACAAGAACAGGUCAUAUGCAAAGAGUGUCAUAAAGUUGUUUUGGCACCACAAAGCAACACAACGAACCUCUUUAACCACUUAAAAAAACACCAUAAAGUUCAAUACGAUGAAUGUAUGAGGGCCAAGAAAUGCGUUGCAAAGACUAAUCAUCCCACAACAUCAACUCAGACAUCCAUCGAAGCGAGCCUCUUUAGCGCAUCACCAUACCCAUCCACCUCCCAAAGACACAUUGAAAUAACGAAUGCAGUCGCAUUUCAUUUGGCUAAAGACAUGUGCUCAAUAAACACGGUGACAAACGAAGGCUUCAAAUUCUUGGUCAACACUCUGGAUAAACGAUACGUGAUCCCCUCGCGUAAUUAUUUUUCAAAGGUGGCACUACCUGCGAUGUACAGAAAACGCAGAGGUGAAAUAGAGCGUGAUCUUGCCAAUAUAAAGUACUUUGCAACUACAGCGGAUCUGUGGUCAAGCAGGACAAUGGAUCCGUACAUGAGUUUGACAAUUCAUUACAUCGAUGAGGAUUUUGCAAUGCAGAGUCGAUGCUUGCAAACAUCUUUUUUCCCGCAAGAUCACACGGGAGAGUCAAUUGCCCAGGGCCUGAGGGAGGCGAUGGCCUCUUGGAGCUUGCAGGAGGAUCGGCUUGUCUGCAUUACAACAGACAACGGAGCUAAUGUGGUGAAGGCAGCUUCUCUAAAUAAUUGGACUAGGCUUCAGUGCUUUGGCCACAAACUCCAUCUAGCAAUAGAGAAUGCAAUGAGAGAUCCUCGGAUUGAUCGAGCAGUGGGUAUCUGCAAAAAGCUGGUAAGCAGUUUCUCUUACAGCUGGCGACGUAAAAAGCAGCUUACGGAGGCACAAAGAGAACUGAAGCUUCCAGAGCAUACACUGAAGACUGAGUGUCCCACAAGGUGGGGAUCAAGGCAAGCAAUGAUUGCACGAGUCCUGGAGCAGCAGAGGGCGAUUUCUCAGGUCUUGUCCGAUGACAGAAAAGCCAGACACCUCAUCCCUACAUGGCAGGACACAGAUGUCCUUGAGGCCAUAAACAAAUCCCUCAGCCCUCUAUUGGAAUUUACUGAUGCGCUUUCCAGUGAGAAGUAUGUCAGCGUUUCCUUUGUGAAGCCAGUCCUCCACCUUUUCAGAUCCUCCAUCUUGAAAGUGAACGAUGAUGAGACAGACCUAACCUGCACCAUCAAGACAAAAAUCCUGAGCUAUCUGGAUGAAAAAUACAAUGACCCUCUGACACAAGAACUGCUUGAUAUGGCUUCUGCACUAGAUCCACGGUUCAAGCUCAGCUACGUCAGUGAGGACAAUGUUGCACCAAUUCAUGCCAGACUGACUUCUGAAAUGGCGAGGACUGCACCUGCAGCCAUGGCUGAGAUGGGCCCAACAACUGAUCCCCAUGGUGAGACUGCUGAGGAUGCACCCACUACAAAAAAGAAAAAGACCUUGGGGAGUUUCUUCAAGACUGCUGAGGGAGCAGGGGCAGCCACACAAAGACUCAGUCCUCUCCAAGAACAACAAGCUAUAUCUUCUGAGCUACAGUCGUACCUACAAUCAGGUAACCUAGACAGUGAGGAAGACCCGCUAGACUGGUGGAGGGAACAUCAGAGACUCUUCCCACGUCUCUCAAAACUGGCAAAGAAAUACUUGUGCAUCCCGGCUACAAGUUCUCCCUCUGAGAGGGUGUUCAGCACAGGGGGGAAUGUGGUGACCUGCCUUCGCUCAUCCCUCAAGCCAGAAAAUGUUGACAGGCUAGUGUUUCUUUCCAAAAACCUGUAAACUACAGUACUCUUUUCGGCAUAGUUCUUCUGCCUUGAAAUGUUCUUAUUUGGUUACAUUCUGUUAUAGAAUAUUUGUUUCUUAUUGAUUGUAUAUUUUAGUUUUAGUUUUAUUCACAUCCAUUAUGCAGGUACAACUUAAGUUUAUAUUUUGCUUCCUAAAAUAUAUUUACACAUUGUAAAAUGUAAAAUAGUGCCCUGUUGAAGUUUUGCUACAUUUUCUUUAUUGUUUUAAUUUAUUUUUAUUUAUUCUUUAAGGAGAUUCACUGAAUUUUGGUGAAUAAGAGGACCUAUUUUAUUUUGAUGCACAUAUCUGUACAUUAGCAGGAAUGUUGCACAAUAUGGAUGUGAAGGCAGUAAAUGUAAUUAGCUUGUGUGACAAUAAAAUUUUUUUGGGUUAAAAUCAACAAAUAAUUGUGCUAAUUAAUCGUGAUCUCAAUAUUGAUAAAAAUAAUCGUGAUUAUAAUUUUGGCCCUUAUCGUGCAGCCCACAGUCUCGUGGACUUAAUGGACAGACGUGCAUGUGGCGGCGAUUGUAAGUCCGCGACACCAUAAGUGCAAAUGAAAUGUGACAUUUGGGACAGGGCCCUUAAAGGAUGAAUAAGAAAGAUCCAUCCAUGGAGAUGCGGCCUGAAGAUGGUGCUGUCUGAAUCCCAAGCCUGGUCGACAUGGCUCUGCAUUUCCUUUCUUUUCCUUUUGAAUGGGUUUCUUUCCUUUUUUUAGACCACUGGGGUACUUUUUACUUUAACUAAUGAAUGUUAAAACUGGUUCUUUGUGCAGACACAAGAAAUUAGUCCAGAGAAUGGUGUUCUGCUGAUGCAUGACUUAGAUACCAAUACAUGGUCACAUUUCAGAUCCAAACAUCUUUCAUGCUGAUACCAAAACUGUCUCAAAUGCGUUGCGUUUUGUUUGUUUUGUCUCCGUGGAACUCUGUUGUAUAUGGAAUAUCUCACUAAAGAAGAGAAUGAAAAAAGGUCAUUGGCAUUUUACUUUGUGUAUUGUUAAGUGAUAUUUGACAUUGAGUGCAAAGGCAGAGACGGAACGUCACUAGUCAACAAUCAAUACUACAUCUGUCAUCAGAACAUUUUUGUAAACACAGUUGUAGUGUAACUCUCACUGUUAGCAUGAUCAUAUUUCCCAUGUUUCUACACGUUUGCUAAAUCUCAACACCACUGUAUUCUUAAUAAAUACAUUUGCAAAUAUA